UGUGAGUUUGAGUAUUGAGAGGUUGAGUUGAUAUUGUGGUGUCUGUUGUGCAUGUAUUAAACAUAUUUGUGAGUGUAAUGCAUUGAUUUUGCUAUUGUUUGUGUUUGUGUGUUGAUCAUUGUAUUGAAUGUCUCAUUGUGUGUGUUGAAUGGAAUGUCUGUUGCUUUAAUAUAAACACUCUCUCACUAUCUUAUCAGUUUCUUGUUUACUCAGUUGGGAUGGACAGCCAUUCAUUGGGCUGCAUGGAAGGAUCACAUGACCAUUUUAGAGAGACUUUUGUCUCAUUCUGUUCUUGUUGAUAUCAAUGAUAAUGUUGGUCGUACACCACUGUGGUGGGCUGCCUGUGGUGGUCAUGUGUGUUGUGUUGAUGUUCUCCUUAAACAUGGAGCGAGUCCCCAACAUGAGAGUGAGAUUUGGGGAUCACCACUGGAGAUUGCCAAGCGACAUGGUCACAGUGAUGUGGUUGAGAUGAUGGAAGAAGCCAUAAGAUUGACAUCUCAUCCUUAUGUGGAGGGUCGCAUGUUUGUCAUGAAACAUCAAUAUGAAGAGACAAUUGCUGAACUGCAGAGUGAAGUGGAGAAGAUGAAAGAAGAAUUAAGACAAUCAUCCCUGGUCCAUGAAGUGAGGAGAUUGAGAAGCGAGAUCCAAGAGAAAGAGGAGGAAAUGAGAUGUCUCGUGUCUGCUCUUGCUACUGUUAGCAGAAUGGCAAGCGAGAAAGUUGGUGAAGGUCACACGACUUGUGGCGAGUGUCACAUGUUGUCACAAGCGGCAGCAGGAACGGCAAAUCAACUGACCCCGAUGUUGGUAGCAAACAGCAGAUGUACGGAGCGAGAGACGGUGGCUGUAGCUCGCAAAGUCCGUCCUUAUUGGCAGGAAUUUGUUUCCGUUCUCUCUCCAUCCUUGUUUGCAGUGGAUGAGAUAAGAGUUAUAGAACGUGAAAGUCCAGACUUAUUUAUUCAAAGCAGAAGAGCAUUGGACAAGUGGGACAAUCACUUUGCUGCUCAAGCCAAUCGUCGGUUAAUAAUACAGACAUUGUGUGACAUUGGACGAACCAGUCAAGCAGUAGAUGUUUUUGGUCCUGACUUGGUGGAGAAUGUCUGUCCACCCAAAUGAUUGUGUUUGUCAAUUGUUGUGAACGUGAUGUGUUAGUCUUUGCAGAGAAUAUGAUCUUUUGUGUUUGUAAUGCUUGAUGCAUUUUGCUAUGUAUUGUAGUGUUUAGUGAUUUUUCUAGAUUAAAAUUGCAGCUUAAGUAUAAUUUAGCUACGAGCGUAAAAGAAGGACACCACAAUAAGUGGUGGACUGCUUCGCGAGAAGCUCACUCUAAACGGGCUGUAUUGACUUCCGGUCUGUCUGUCGGUAUGUUUGUACCUAUCUAUCUAUGUUUGUAACUAUCUAUGUUUGUUUGUAAGCGUGUGAACUGCAGAGUGAAGUGGAGAAGAAGACAGAAGAAUUAAGACAAUCAUCCCUGGUCUAUGAGAGUGAAGCGAGGAGGUUGAGGAACGAAAUCCAACAGAAAGAGAAGGAAGCUGGUGAAGGUCAAGUGGCUCCUGAAGCUUGGUUGUUGUCGCAGUCGCCAGGAGAUGUGAUGGGUGCUGUUGUUGAUCUGGCCUGUGAUCAUGCAGUGGAGUGACGUUGGACUUGAGUUGGGAUACGAAAUGUCUCAACUCGAUUCAAUGACAGCGUCAAUUCCUUUACCUUCAGGCAAACUGAAGGCAAUACUGAGAAGAAAGGCUCUUGCUGUCGGUACCAGCAAUGUUGUUGGUAUCAUCUUGUCUGCUUGCCAGCGUAUUUCCUUUCCAAUUUGUGCUACUGCAAUAAGAGAUGAGGUGGUUAGACGUCAAGAAAGACUGAGAGCACAGAACGGUGGACAAUAGAAUAAUUGACUUUGUCACUUUGUUGUCUGCAUGGCUGAUCAUAUGGUUUAUUGUUGAUCAAGUGAUGUGUUGCCUUUUGGUAGGAGGCGCGUCUUUUGUACUGCUACAUGCUUUCUUGCUGCUUUCAUAUGUUAAUGAUUGUUGCAAUAGAAUAGAUUAUGUUAAUA